GCGGAGCGCUGGGGGAGCCCGGGACCCCUGCGCCCGGCCCCCCUCCCGCCACGGCUGAGUGCCGGCGAGGCCUUCCCGCCGCCCGGCUCCGAAAGGCGCUAACACGGGCGGCGCCGCCUCCCCGCCCCGCGUGCAUAUAACCCGCCCGGGGCGGCCCGCCUGUCUCCCAGCGCGCGCCCCGCCGCCCGGGCGGAGAGGCAGCGGCUAAGACGGGGGUCCGGACACGGAUGCCCUCCAGGUAGGCAGCAGCCCGGCACCACCGCUCUCCCCGCACGCGGCUCGGAAGCGAGGAUUAGAGAGCAAGCAGAAGUGUCGGGGAGAUGGCCCGGUCCCCCUCCUCCUCCCCUGGCGAGGGAGCCACCUUUGAGCAUCUCUGGAGCUCUCUGGAGCCAGACAGCACGUACUUUGACCUUCCCCAACCCAGCCAGGGGACUAGCGAGACUGUGGGCAGUGAGGAGACUGGCAUGGACGUCUUCCAUCUGCCUGGCAUGACCUCGUCUGCCAUUGCCCAGCUCAAUUUGUUCAGCAGCGCCAUGGACCAGAUGGGCAGCCGCGCGGCCCCAGCCAGCCCCUACACCCCGGAGCACGCCACCAGUGCGCCCACCCACUCUCCCUACUCGCAGCCCAGCUCCACCUUCGAUACCAUGUCUCCAGCUCCUGUCAUCCCCUCCAACACUGACUACCCUGGCCCCCACCACUUCGAGGUCACCUUCCAACAGUCGAGCACAGCCAAGUCAGCUACCUGGACGUACUCCCCACUGUUGAAGAAGCUGUACUGUCAGAUUGCCAAAACGUGCCCCAUCCAGAUCAAGGUGUCCGCACCACCGCCCCCGGGCACUGCCAUCCGAGCUAUGCCUGUCUACAAGAAAGCAGAACAUGUGACCGACAUCGUUAAGCGCUGCCCCAACCAUGAGCUGGGCAGGGACUUCAAUGAAGGACAGUCUGCCCCAGCCAGCCAUCUAAUCCGUGUGGAAGGCAACAACCUCUCCCAGUACGUGGAUGACCCCGUCACCGGCAGGCAGAGUGUCGUGGUACCCUACGAACCCCCACAGGUGGGAACAGAAUUCACCACCAUCCUGUACAACUUCAUGUGUAACAGCAGCUGCGUAGGGGGCAUGAAUCGGCGACCCAUCCUCGUCAUCAUCACUCUGGAGACCCGGGAUGGACAGGUGCUGGGCCGCCGGUCCUUUGAGGGUCGCAUCUGUGCCUGUCCUGGCCGUGACCGCAAAGCAGAUGAAGAUCACUACCGGGAACAGCAGGCCCUGAAUGAGAGUGCCGCAAAGAAUGGGGCCGCCAGCAAGCGUGCAUUCAAGCAGAGCCCCCCUGCCAUCCCCACCCUGGGUGCCAACGUGAAGAAGAGGAGGCACGGGGAGGAGGACAUAUAUUACAUGCACGUGCGAGGCCGGGAGAACUUCGAGAUCCUGAUGAAGGUCAAGGAGAGCCUGGAGCUGAUGGAGCUUGUCCCACAGCCUCUGGUCGACUCCUACCGGCAGCAGCAGCAGCAGCAGCUUCUGCAGAGGCCGAGCCACCUGCAGCCUCCAUCCUAUGGGCCCGUCCUCUCCCCCAUGAGCAAGGUGCAUGGCGGCGUCAACAAACUGCCCUCGGUCAACCAGCUGGUGGGCCAGCCUCCCCCACACGGCUCAGGAGCUGGGCCCAACCUGGGUCCCAUGGGCUCCGGGAUGCUCAACAGCCACAGCCACGCCAUGCCAGCGAACGGUGAGAUGAAUGGCGGCCACAGCUCCCAGUCCAUGGUCUCAGGAUCCCACUGCACCCCGCCACCCCCCUACCAUGCUGACCCCAGCCUCGUCAGUUUUUUAACAGGAUUGGGGUGUCCAAACUGCAUCGAAUAUUUCACCUCCCAGGGGUUACAGAGCAUCUACCAUCUGCAGAACCUGACUAUAGAGGACCUUGGGGCCCUGAAGAUCCCUGACCAGUACCGCAUGACCAUCUGGAGGGGCCUGCAGGACCUCAGACAGGGCCCUGACUGCGCGCAGCAGCUGCUGCGCUCCAGUGGCAACGCGGCCACCAUCUCCAUCGGCAGCACCGGCGAGCUGCAACGACAGCGGGUCAUGGAGGCCGUGCAUUUCCGUGUGCGCCAUACUAUUACCAUCCCCAACCGUGGUGGCCCCAGCGGAGUAACUGGCCCUGAUGAGUGGGCAGACUUUGGCUUCGAUCUGCCGGACUGCAAGUCCCGUAAGCAGCCCAUCAAAGAGGAGUUCACGGAGAGCGAGAGCCAUUGAGGGGCCGCCUUUUCCUCUGGGAAAAACGAUCUUGGGAGUGGGCCCCAGCAGCAAGGACCUCCCGCCAGGCGCCAUUUUCCAGCGGAUGUUGUUCA